AUGAGUCCGCAUAAAGUCCUGGAUGAUGCUCAAUUAGAGAAUUUGAAAGCAAUUAAAGAAAUUAAUGAACGUCUUUGUAACGUUGAAAAUAAAACUAAUGAGCUAGACGAGAUAAUUUCUUUACAACAACAAAGUUUAAUUAAUUCGGAGGAACAUUUGAGAAAAUUAAGAAAUAAACAAAAGAAGAAGUCUUCUUGGCUUAGUUCUUUGACAAAUUUUGUUGGAGGAGUGAUUGAUACUGGAAAGAGUUAUGUUGGGAAGAUUUAUGAAAAUGUGACAACUCCAAUUAUUGAAAAACCUAAAGUGGAAGAAUUUGUUGAUAAAGAAAAUUUAAUUCCGGAAAAGAAAGAGGAUUUAGCCGAGGAAUUUACUAAAAUUGAGAAUGAUUUGACUUCAAAAAAUAUUAUAAAUGAAUUUAAUAAAAUCGAAAUUUUCUUUGAGGAGAAAGGAGAGAGGCCACAAAAUUUUAGAGAAGUAAAUAAAUUGGGGGAAGUAAAUAAAGAAAAGAAGGAAAUUAUUAAUUUAACAACAAUUCCAAAUAAUUUAAAUAAUGGAGACGUUCCGAAUUUGUCUAAUAAUAAUGGACAAUCGUCUUCUAAUCCCGACAACAAUGGAGGGGAUGUUGAUCCGAAAAAUAAGGAAUCUAAAAUUAAAGAUUCGCAAGAGCCUGUAAAUGAUAAAAAUAAUAGAGAAGUUCCGAAUUUGUCUAAUAAUAAUGGACAACCUUCUUCUAAUCCUAACGACAAUGGAGGGGAUAAUCCUAAAAAUAAAGAAUAUGAAUCUCAAAUUAAGGAUUUGCAAGAGACUGUAACUCGUCAGAACAUCGAAUAUAGUCGCCUUCUUAAUGAAUUGAAACAACGUAUUUCGCUGCAAGAACGCAAAGUUUUGGAAAAAGAGGAAAUAAUUAAACAAAAUCAGGAAAAAAUUGAAAAGCGGGAAGAGUUGAUUGCUAAACUUCAACGAGAGAAAAUUAGUGCUGAGGAACAGAAAAAGAACCUUGAAGAAUUAAACAAGAAACUUGAGGAAGGGAAAAAUAAAAGUGAAAAAGGUGAAACAAUAUUUAAUACUGUUGUUGAAGUUGGUGUUGGGGCUCUUGCCGGUGCAGUUAUUGGAGGCGUAGUUGGGGGUCCUUUCGGGGCAGUUGUUGGAGGCGUUGCUGGUGCGGUUAUUGAAGGGGUGGUUGGCGUUGUUAAGAGUGCUUUUAAGGCGGUUAAAAGUUUAUUUGGAUGGCUUUGUAGUUGA